AUGCAGUUCUCUACUCUUCUGAAGUUCGCCAUGGCCUUUGCCGUCACCGCCAACGCCCUUCCCACCGGGUGCAAAAUCCACAACCGCGAUAUUUUGCAACUUUCCGAGGCCCGCAGCGUCGGGAAGGCCAACGAGGCUCAGCUGGAAAAGCGCAGAGACGCCGAACCGCAAUUCGCUUGCGGCAGCUGCGGUAAAAAGUGGCAUACCCAAUCCGAAGCGGACAGCUGUCCGUCGUACCACAGGAAAGUUACGGCUUUCGUCUCCGACUAA